AUGGCUGAAAUUCCACAAAGUGGUUCUGAUACUGAUGAUGUAUCACCAUAUAUGGGUUCAGAGCCAUAUAAUCUUGUUGCAAAAGUAUUUAAUACAAUAAUUUCAAUGAUUGUAACACAAAUCUCACAUGGACUUGAUGAUCGAUCACAUAUUGUUCAAGCACAUGAUGAACGUCGAAUAGGAGCAGUGUGGAAUAUGGCAAACUAA